UAUGCAUCACCAGACUUGCUGCUUGCAUUCAUAAAAGGCCAAGUUUGGUUAUGUGUAUUGAAAAGAAUAAUAUUGCACAAGCUGGAUGAGGACAAAACUUGGAUCUUCAGAGUUCUCAUGACACAUAAAGAAUUACUACUCUGCUUUGAAGUUCCAAGCACAAUUACAAAGCUUACAGAUAUGAAAGGAAGACGGAAGCAAUCUACUUUUGAACCUUUAGCUCCCCUGGAAGAAGAACAUUUCAGUGAUUCAACAAAAACUAGGCGACUGCCAUGCAGAGCUAGUAGGGCAAAGAUAAAAUUUGCUAAUACAUACAGACUGGAGUCGUAUAAUAAAUUUCAGGAUUAUUUAGUAAGAGACAAAGCUCAAGCAAUACUAACGAAUAAACUUCAACAAGGCAAAUAUGAUGCAGUUUCUAGUCCCUCCUUGUGUGCUUCAAUCUCUGAAGAGAUAUUAACAGCUACGAAGGAAAUGGGCUUUGACCGUUAUAAGUACGUGGUAUCAGUGCUAAUUGUGGAAAAGGCAGGUCAAGCAAUACAUGUUGCCAGCAGAUGGGUCUGGGAUGUUCAAAGAGACAGUUGGGUCUCAGCUAAAUAUGAAACGGAAACAUUUAUAGCACUGGCUUUGGUAAUGGCUUGCUAUUAUGAGUAAUACUC